AUGGCUACAAUAUCCGAAAUAUCUCGACAUCAAUUUGAAAACAUACCCGAAGGCCAUUCGGUAGAUAUCAACAACGAGAGCUUUCACGAUAGUCCAAACUCAACUCAUUCUCUUUCUCCAGGGAAAAGAAGGGUUCUAGUCGCGAUUAUCCUUUCCGAAUUCUUCCUCGCCCCACGUCUUCCUCCUCUGGCUACUACUACUUCCUAUCAGUCUUAUUUUGAACACUGGAACGAAUCCCUUGGGAAUUUCGGAUAUGACCAGAAGCGCGCUCUGGCAUUUAGGAUGUUGUAUACUCAUGUUUUAAUUCUUCUCGUCGAUUCUUCAGAUAUCUUCAACCAUUCUUCCUCAAUGGAUUUCGACAAUCCUGGACUAUGGACUCGGUCUUAGUUUUGGCUUACAGAACUUACCAAAAUAUUACUUGUACAGCGUGAGGGAUUGGGCAAUGAACAUGGUUGGAAGCUUUUGUGGUGGUGAUCAGCGAACUCUCCGGCAUGAAACACAUUUACUACCUGUUCAGCCCGAGUCGUAACGAGAUAUGUAAGACUACAAGAGAGACCUUAAAGAAUGUCUAGUUCGAGUCAUUUUGAGCCGUGAAAUUGGCGAAAUCCAUGAAUAUGGAAAGAACGGGUGGGGAAUGGAGCCCCAGCAUUGAGAGGUGGAAGUCUAUCACUCUCAAGCGCAAUGCCAUUAGAGUUUUCACUUCGUGUGAUCAUUGGGCAUAUUCUAAUAAUCAAGAGGUAUUAGAACUUUCAGAAAUACCAGACAUCGAUUCGAGCUUCACGCACAUUUUUCAGACAAUCACGAAUUUUCACUACUGUAAAGUUGCCCGCCUCGCUUAUCGAGAAGAGUUUUGAAGAUCCACGAUUUUGUACAUAAUUUGUUCUCUCAGGCUUUAUAUUUAUUUAACAAAUUUUUGCACAUGCCAUCUAAUCAUACCUGCCCAAAUUACCUCAUUGUGAAGCCUAAACAUAGCCCUGGGCAUCAUUACAUG